AUGAGCAGUGUAGUUCAGAACCCCUACAUCGGCCGAACGCCCACCUCUCGGUUGCCCAAGCCCGGGGCCAGUGGAGGGGCGCCACCUGGGAGUCGAGACGGCAGUGGGAUAUGUCGAAGCGGCAGCAUCAGCAGUGGAAAUGGCGGGUCUGGAGGCAAGAUACUGUCCUUGUCAUCCAUGAGCGAGAGUGUGAACAGUGGCCUGAGCUGUUUCUUGUCAGAGCAAGCACUGGAACAGGAAGAAAAGCAACAGCGCAGUAGCCAGUUAGCAGAGUUUCAGCGCCUGAGAGAGGUUCGCGCAGCUGCUCAACUAAAAAAUCUGGAGGAUUUCCUUAGGAUGAACCAUGUUUCACUCAGGGACAGCAUGUCUUAUUCCACUGGCAUGAUUUACAGAAAUCUGGGCAAAUCGGGGCUAAGGGUGUCCUGUCUUGGAUUAGGCACGUGGGUUACGUUUGGAGCCCAGAUAACAGAUGAGGUGGCAGAGGAGCUGGUGACUUUGGCAUAUGAGAAUGGGAUCAAUUUGUUCGACACAGCUGAAGUGUAUAAUGCUGGAAAGGCAGAAGUUGUCUUGGGAAGUAUCCUAAAGAAGAAAGGAUGGAGACGUUCCAGUUUAGUCAUCACCACCAAAAUCUUCUGGGGCGGAAAAGCAGAAAUGGAGAGAGGAUUGUCUAGAAAACAUAUAAUCGAAGGUCUAAGGGCGUCACUAGAGAGACUUCAGCUGGAGUACAUAGACGUGGUUUUCGCAAAUCGAACAGAUCCUAACACGCCUAUAGAAGAGACGGUGAGAGCAAUGACCCAUGUGAUCAACAAGGGGAUGGCCAUGUAUUGGGGGACAUCACGAUGGACCUCCAUGGAGAUCAUGGAAGCGUACUCGGUUGCUCGACAGUUCAACCAGAUCCCACCCAUCUGCGAACAGGCAGAGUACCACAUGUUCCAAAGGGAGAAGGUUGAAGUGCAACUCCCUGAACUCUUUCACAAGAUAGGCAUCGGAGCUAUGACAUGGUCUCCGCUGGCCUGUGGGCUCAUCUCAGGGAAGUAUAACAGUGGCAUCCCUUCUUGUUCACGUGCCUCGCUUAAGGGUUACCAGUGGAUGAAGGACAAGGUCCUGAGUGAGGAGGGGCACCGCCAGCAAGUGAAGCUAAAAGAGUUGCAGGCAGUUGCUGCGCGACUAGGCUGCACUCUGCCCCAACUGGCUAUUGCAUGGUGCCUGAGGAACGGGGGGGUGAACUCUGUCUUGCUGGGAGCUUCCAGAACUGACCAGCUGAUGGAGAAUAUCAGAGCAAUACAGGUUCUUCCGAAGUUAUCGCUGUCCGUUGUAUCUGAGGUGGAUAACCUCUUGGGAAACAAGCCCUAUAGUAAAAAGGACUUCAGAUCCUAGAAGCACCAGUGAUGAACUGUCAUGCUAUUCUGCCUAUGAAUGAGACACAGCAACACACAUGGACAAUAUAGUCAUUUAUGAGUGUAGCAGUGAAUAACGAGCCAAAAACAAUGUGCCAUUACUCAUUUCACCAAGUCAAUGCACCGUCAAUCUAUUUCUUUGUUCACAUUUGCAUGUAUUGGCACUGAACAAUAUCAAGUUCUACAAUAUGCAGUAGUAGUUUGAACAUCAACUUCAAGGAAACAAAAAACAAAUGAAACACUUUCUAGUCCGUUCUAAUCAGUGGAGCCACUGAAGCACUAAAGAAACGGUGCAGGUCGGUGUACCGAACCAGGGGUCUUCACUGUAAAAGAUCGUUGCCUCAGCAUGUCGCAGGGUUUGUUAUUUACCAAAUGAAACACGUGUAGCACAAGACCUGUAAACGUACUGAGCACAACUGGUGUGAUGCAUUAGCCCUUUCAGCAUAAUAAUAACAAGUGAACUUAAACAAUGUUAAUACUGGUAUUUGGAUUUAAUUUGAAUCAGUCCUUUUGCAAAGACUUGUAUUAGUUUUAGGAAUUUUGACUAUAAUUACACAAAUGUCGUAUUUUAGUCAGUUAAAGGUAUAGUUAGUCUAACUUUAGUAAUGCAUGUUUUUUUUUGUGAAGUUGUAAAUUUAUUAAAAUCUACUGUGACCUUUUUGUCAAACA